UCUAAACGCUUUCAUGAUAAUUUAGUAUAGUUUUGAUCGCAGCUAAUACGUACAUAUGAGAUUUUUAUUUUGAAUUUUAAUAUUGAUUACUGGAGACAACCCACAAUGGUUUCUGAAGAGAGUCCGUCCAACGGGGAAACAGUGAUAGACAUUAAAAAAUGUGAUUUUAAAGUUGAGAAUACGGCUGCCAAAGAUAACAAUGCGUCUGCUCCAAUUCAAUCAGAGAGUCUACGUGAAAAAGUAUUCAAACCGUGCGAUUCAUAUUUAACGGAUCUUUAUAAAAAUGAACAUAUAAAAACGUUAUAUAAUAUUUUUGGAGUGGCGACAUUCUUUCUGAUUACAUAUUACAUUUGCGACGAUUACUUCAAAUACGGAAGGAUUUAUCUCGGUUGGUUUACUAUAAAAGCAGGCUUUGGAGGAUUACAGUAUGCUUGUGGUUGUUGGUUCUUAAUAAAUUUAAUUGCAUUGUUGGUAUAUCUCGGUGUUCGGCUCUGGACGAAGAUAAACUCUUUCGUCCACAAAGGCAUAUUCGGGUGGUGUUUAAAUGCUUUAUUCCUACUAUUCUACAUCAUAGCUCUGCUACUGGGAUUUUAUCUUUGCGCCCUAUGCUGUCUUUUCUACCGACUACCAUUCGCCUCUGCUACCUUCAUACUAAUAGAAACCGUUCGGAUCCUGAUGAAAAUUCACGCAUUUGUACGCACAACAAUUGGACAAUCGUGCAACUCGCAAUCACCCACCAACAAUUCUACGAAUAUACCAAGUAUUGGUCAUUACGCUUUCUUCUUGUUCGCGCCAACUUUAAUCUAUCGUGACUCCUAUCCCCGCAGCACAGUGCCAAUACGAUGGACGUUUCUGUUGGCUCGAGUUUCAGAAAUUUUCAUUAUCUCAUUUCUUUUUAUCUUCAUCUAUGAGCGAUACAUAGAAUACUAUUACAAGGACUUCGGAACCACAGCACCAAAAUGGGCACAAAUAGUUGAAGAUUUCUAUGGAAUGAUGCUGCCCUGUGCACUGAUUCUCGUUCUGUUUAUGGUUAUGAUAUUGCAUUCAAUUCAAAACUUUUUUGCGGAGUUACUUCACUUCAGCGAUCGCAGGUUCUACUCAAAUUGGUGGACCGCCACCAACUAUCGCGUUUAUUUUAUUAGGUGGAAUUGUUUAGUACAAGAAUGGCUGUACGAAUACAUUUAUAAAGAUAUCUACACAUAUGUCAGUUCCAACCGAUUUGUCUGCUCAUUUACUGUCAUCACAAUUUCCGCUAUAAUGCAUGAAGUAAUGUUUAGUUUAGCGCUUCAAUUAUUUUUGCCAAUAAAUUAUAUUUGUUUUGGAGUUCUCGGUUAUGUACUAAUGUGUGUGCCGUUCGAUGGUAGACUGGGAAAUGUUACUUUGUGGGUAUUCAUUGUAUUUGGCAUGACGCUGCAGGUAUCUCUCUACAGUAUGGAGUAUUAUGCGAAACUGAAUUGUCCAAAGAUGUAUAGUGAAAAUUUGGUAGACAUAUUAAUACCACACAUAUGGAUUUGCUUGAAAAAUCACAACUAACAAUUACGUUUGAAAAGCCCUUAGAUCUCAAGUUGAGUUUCGGCUUUCUUUAGCAUUUUAUAUUAACCAUUUUCUCAAACCUAUGCUGAAGAUGAGGAAUAUUUGAGGAGUCACUGGCAACUUUUUAGCAGCAUUUACAUAUAUUUUUCU